AAUUAACCUGACGCCACCACCUCUCUUUCCCUCUCUCUCUUCCAUUCACCGACAAUCUAACUAAAAAUGAAUCCGAUGGCCCCGAUGCUGCCGGCGCCGGCGCCCAUGGCGGCGGGGCCGACGGAGCCGGUGGUGGUGGUUGGCCCGCAGUACUGCGCGCCGUACGUGGUGCCGCUGACGGUGACCAAGAAGUCCAUCAGCCUCACCGACGGCGACUUCACCGUCACCGACGCCAACGACAACGUCGUCCUCAACGUCAAGGGCACCCUCUUCAGCGUCCGCCACCGCCGCGUCCUCCACGACGCCGUCGGCCAACCACUCCUCUCCAUGCAAGAGAAGAUACUUAGCAUGCACAACAGAUGGGAAGUAUACAGAGGGGACAGCGCACAUUCGUGCGAUAAGCUCUUCACCGUGAAGAAGUCCUCAAUGCUCCAGUUGAUGAAGACGGAGAUGGAUAUCUUCUUGGCCGGGAAUACCGCGGAGCAAGUCUGCGAUUUCAAGAUCAAGGGCAGCUACUGUGACAGAUCAUCUGCCUUCUACCUUGGCAAAUCAAACACAAUCAUAGCUCAAAUGAACCGUAAGCACACCGCUGCAAGUGUGGUGCUGGGGAGGGACGUAUUCAGCAUCACCGUGUUCCCGCAAGUCGACUACGUGUUCAUCGCGGCUCUUGUUGCGAUUCUGGAUGAUGUUCACAGGGACAGAAAGGAGUGAUGAACUGGAAGCACUCUCAUCCCAAGCACCCUUUUAAAUUUCACUUUCAUAUCUGUCAAAUUACCUCUGUUCUAGGUAUUGCUAUCUGGUUGAGGAUGUGUGUAAAUUUUUCUUUGAAUUAUGUUUAUUUUCGCUGGUGUUCCAUGAUUUGUAAUUACCUUCAAGAUUGAUCGAUGUUGUAUAACUGCUUACAGCAGUGAAUGUUUUCUGUUUAAAGAUCAGGUUGCAGAGCCAAGUGUUGCUGAUCAAAAUUCAGUUGAAUAUAGGCCAUUUGCAGCA